AUGAGUCGCUUCACAAAUUUGACGCCAACAGUAAAUGCAUUUGAGGAAAAUGAAUUAGAAGAUAUUUCUGAAAGCGAUGAAGACGAUUCUCAAGGUGGUGCAGACGAUUCGGAAGGUGGUGAUGACGAUUCAGAAGGUAGUGAUGACGAUUCUCAAGGUGGCGAAAACGAUUCGGAACUCGAUGAUGACGAUUCUAAAGGUGAAGAAGUUGGUAAUAUUACAACAUUGUUGUCCUCAUUAGUUACUAAUUGCCCAUGGACAGUAAAUUUUUCUCCUCCUUCUGCACAAGAAUUUCAAUCGUCAAGAAAGUGUUAUGACAUAUUACCAUCAUCGUCUACUCAAACAUUUAGAAGACUGUUUUGUGAUAAAGUGUUCAAUCUUAUUCUUGAACAAACAAACCUCUAUGGGAGGGAGAAAUGUGAAAAAGCAGGAGGUAUGAUUGACUGGACUAAUAUUACAACAGCUGAAUUAGAACAAUUUCUUGGUAUCAACAUCAUUAUGGGAUAUUGUAGAAAUCCUUCAAUUGAUUCUUACUGGUCCACGGAUGCAUCAUUACGAAAUGAGAAGAUCUCAACAUCAAUGUCUUAUGCAUCGACUGGUUAUGUAUAUAAUUUUGAAAUUUAUACCGGUAAAUCAGUAGAAAGACAGGGACCUUUAGGUGAACAUGUCGUUUGGUCAAUGACCAGAGGACUAUCAAUGAAAUUUCAUCAUAUUUAUUUCGACAACUUUUUUACAUCACCAUUCCUUGUUGAACGACUUCUUGAACAAGGAAUUUACUGCACUGGUACCCUUAGAACCAACAGAAGAGGUAUUCCAGCUGAAAUUAUUCGUGAUAUCAAAAUGGAUCGUGGUGAUGUUAAAUUUUUAGCUAAAACUUCCAUUUCAAUUGUCAAGUGGAUGGAUCGAAAACCGAUAUACAUCAUGUCUAAUUGUGCUGAUCCAACAAAUAUGACAAAAGUUACUCGAAAAUUGAAAAAUGGGCAAACAAUUCCGCUGCAUUGUCCAGUAAUGAUCCUGGACUACAACUAUGGAAAGGUUGGAGUCGAUCGAGCUGAUCAAAGAAUUCAAUAUUAUGCUGUUGAUAGAAAAUCAAGGAGAAAUUGGCUCCGGAUAUUUUUCCAUUUUCUGAAUGUAGGAUUAUCAAAUGCUUUUGUUAUCUAUCACAGAGACCAUCCGGACGAAGAUAUGAAGUACUUGCAGUUUUUAGCUAAUAUUGCCGAAGAACUAAUUGGUUACAGAACUUCAGUAAACAAGAGAAAAAGAAGACCUGUAACCAACGUUG